CGAAGGCGCGCUCGGCUUCUCGGCGCUCGCUCGCUCGGGUCUGGCCGGCAGCGAGGGCAGCGGGGACCCAGGUUGCGGGCCGUGGGCCGGGGCUGCCGGGCGGCAUGGAGGGGCCGCGGGCAGCCGACGUGUCCCUGCACAACUUCAGCGCGAGGCUGUGGGAGCAGCUCAUCCACUUCCAUGUCAUGCGGCUGACCGACUCGCUCUUCCUGUGGGUGGGGGCCACGCCGCACUUACGCAACCUCGCCGUGGCGAUGUGCAGCCGCUACGACUCCAUCCCUGUGUCCACCUCCCUCCUCGGAGACACUUCCGACACGACCUCCACUGGCCUCGCCCAGCGCCUAGCCAGGAAGACCAACAAACAGGUGUUUGUCAGCUAUAACCUUCAAAACACAGACAGUAACUUCGCAUUGCUUGUAGAAAACAGAAUCAAGGAAGAAAUGGAGGCUUUUCCAGACAAGUUCUAGCAGAGUGGGAGAAAUGAGAAUUUGCAACUUAAGCACAAUGCUUACUUAAAUAAAUGGAUCGAGUUUCAUUUUGUCCUCA